AUGAAGCCCGUCAUCGUCUUUGUGCCUGGCGCAUUAAGCCGUCCUUCUGAUUUCGACCCCGUCUCGGGCCCGCUGCGAGAUGUCGGCUAUGAAGUCCACGUUGUUCAUCAUCCCUCCUCGCCUGACGUCCUCGUCGACCCGACUCCCAGCAUGUACGACGAUGCGGACAACAUCCGCCGGCUGGCGGAGGCCCUGUCUGACGAGGGCAAGGACAUUGUCAUAGUCAUGCACUCGUAUGGCGGCCUCCCAGGAACACAGGCCUGCGAGGGCCUUAGCAAGACUGACCGGCUGCGCGCUUCCAAGUCAGGGGGUAUUGUGCGGCUCCUUUACGUAGCAGCCGCCAUCGCGCCGGUGGGUUCGUCGAUGGCUGGUGUCCUGCAGACGGACAUGCCGCUGCCCUCGAUUGAGACUGCUCAUGGGAAGCCUUCAUUGUGGACAUCGAUCUCGCUUGCAGUGGGGAGAUUGAUCCCACUUUCGUGGAGUGCGCGAUUGUUCUCACCUUCAUCACUCGCUGCGUCCGUGGAGGGCUUGUGGGCGUACCACCACAACCCGGAUGUCUUCACCGACUGGCUGCUUGCGGAUAUACCUCGCGAGGAUGCUUUGAAGUAUGCAUCAGUUUCCUCACCGGUCGCGCAGUCUGUGAAAUCCAUUAUGACUCCGCUCACUUACGCGGGAUACAACCACAUCCCGUGCUCAUAUAUGUUCACCAAGCUGGAUCGUGUUAAUCCUCCUGCGGCCCAGCAGAGUUUCAUCGGCCUCGUUGAGAAAGAGAGUGGAAGCAAAGUCGACGUAUACGAGUACGCGGUGGGACAUUGCCCACAGCUGAGCCGGCCGCUCUGGGAGGUUGAGUGUGUGAGGAGAGUGGCUGGGGAAGGCGUGUAG